AUGUCAUUUUCUGAACUUGAAAAUGAAUCGUUUACUCAAUUGGAGGACGAAUUCUACAAAUUGUCUUCUACAACUACGGAAGUCGAUCUGUUCUUAGAGAAUUGUAGUUCUCUUUACAAUCUCAUAUUGGAUUCACUUCAUGAUUACUCGUCCAAGACACUCACAUGUCUUCAUUUGGAUGAAAUGUCGUCUGUACUCACGGAAGCUGGUCGCCGUGUAAUGGAAGAUCAUCCCGAAAUGGCCGGAACAGUUACACUACGAAUCAAUACUAUUAGUUCUGCCAUGGAACAAUUGAAACUCCGACGAAGUGGCACCUCAGACACCGAAUCUUCAUGUUCUCGUUCAAAUCCUAAUGCUGAAGUCCGUAACUGGCUUCAUAGCGUUGAAAAUCGUUUGAAAGAACAUGAAAUGAUUAUUCGUCAAAGAAGGAAUCACAAACCCUCCAUAACCAAAUUACUGGCUGACCAACAGGUUCUUCAAUUGGAAAUCCAAACUGAAGGUCAAGCUUUAAUAUCAAGACUCUACCAGAACAUUAGUUUUGAAUCUGUAGAGAGCGGACUUUGUGAGAACUCGACACGUAAGAAGAAAUCAACGAUUGAUGCAAUUCGUAAGAAAUGGCAUACAAUCUAUUUGAAUAGUCUAUCGUUGCAAUUUAAAAUCGAAGAAGUUCUUAAUCAAUACCAGGAAGAUAGUGAAUCUGAAAGUGAUCCCGAACUUGUUGGUCCUCCAACUAAACGAGCACGUCGUCAUAGUGGUAAUCAAUUGGAUUCUGAAGACGACGAAGACAAAGAAGACGAAGACGAAGAUACACUGCCCUUCAACGAUAGUGAAUACGAAAGUAUUAUGGAUGGAAGAACAACUGUCACCUCUGAGUCUUCGGAAGAAUCACCCAUUCGAACGAAAAAAUGGGAUUCGAUUCAGCAAGAUAUUGGCUAUUCCAGUGGUGAAAACUCUGUACAUGAAGCGUUGAAUACCUUAGGAGCAGGGAUCAGUGGGGAAUCGCCAAAAAGCCGAUCAGCAAAGGGAUUCUAUCGUAUGGUCUUAGAUGAUAUGGACAUCAAGAAAGCAUUGGAUAUGAAGAAUGAUGGCUUAUCAAACCAAUUAACUGAUUCCAUGCAUGUCAAUUAUGAACAAAGUAGCAUAAUUCUACCCGACUUUGAUGAAGUGAUGGCUUUACUAGAUGAAGAUACGAUGGGAAAUAAAGAUGUCAUGAGCGAAAGCUUCAACACUAAAUGGUGUGAGAUUAGAGCUCGUCAAUCAACUCGUCGUUCUCGUGUCAGUAAAGAGUUCCUUGACCAAAUGGCAAAGAACUCAUGUGAUGCUUCAUCCGAAGAUUCACUCGAUUAUGAUGUACCCGAAGAUGAUUUGAUGACGAGAUCUUUCAACACAAAUCUAUUAGACAGCACAUCAUCAUUGAAGAGGAAUAGAAGUCAAAGAGGAAGAAGCUCAAACAUCUUGUGGGAUUGUUCCGAAAUGGAAGCUUCUAUCUGCUCAACUCGUUCUGAGUUGCCACCAUGCUUAGGUCGUAGUCUUCGCAAGAAACUGCGUGUCCGUCGUAUGCCACGAAGUAUGAGCGACGGAGAGCACUUGGCUUCCAAGGCCAUAGGAUUGUUGACACCAAGGAUACGAGUCUCGCCACCACCAACACCAUUGUCCUCCUCAACUCGAUUACUGCAACAGUUGGACAGAGAUUUGGCGGCUGCGACGGAAAGUGAUUCCACAUGCCCAGAACAAAGUGAUACUCCCGUUUAUGAAUGGGAUGAUUAUAACCCUCCUGAGAAGGACGAUUCCAUUCCUGACGACUUGUGCUCCAUAAGCACCAAGAUGCCAGAACAAAUUCUGGAUAUUGAUGAUGAUUUUGCCCAACAUUUCGGAACAUCUAAUGAUUCAGCAAGACGUUUGAUUGAUGAAUCAAAAGCGCAUCUGAAAGUAAUCGAAAAAUGCUUGGAGAACGGUGAUAUCGAUCAAAAGCAAAUUGCCAAUAUAGAGUUGAUUUGUCGUACAAAUUUACGUCAGAUCGAUACGGCAAUCUUGAUUGGAAGGGAUCUUGGAGAGUUGAGAACAUUAAGAGGAAAUUGGUCAAAUAUGAUGAAGUCGGUCAUCAAUCCAGCUGCUCAGAUUCUGCAAAAGAUUGCAAGAUUCGCUUCUUCUUUACGUGAUCUGCACGAGACAUCAUCUUUGAGUGCCUGGAACGGAAUUUCCCAAAUCAAAACUCAUGAUGAUCUUCGUUCUGUCCUGACAGCUAUAACAGCUAUCCAAGGAAGAUUGAGCGAAGAGCGUGAUGAACUCAGGUCAUUAGUGAAGAGUAAACUGUUCCAAAGCGAGCUGUCUGAGAUUUCUUCGGAGUUUGAGACAAUCUCUUUGGGCUACGAUGAAGCUGUCACGAAGAUUGAUACUCUUGUUUCAUCUCUCAAAAAAUUGAGUAAUGAUUGGUCAGAUUGGAGUAGGAAACAACAGGAGAUCCGUAGUUGUAUGGGAGUUAUCGAAGAGCAACUGCAAAGCCCCAAUAUGGAUCAAGCUUGUGUCCUAGCUCAGAUCAACGAGUGUCAAGAGCAAAUGCAUGUGUUGGAAUCCAAAUGCUCCUAUCUAACCACAUCUCUUCUAUCUCUACAAGAUGAUGACAGCCAGUCAGCUUCCAAGAUUUCAGCCGAUUUUCAUGCCGAGUUGAUUCUCUAUUCCAAUGCCUUACUACAGCUCAGAACUAAGUUCCAAGACCUGGUCAGAGUACCAACUCCUCCUGCUCCUUUCAGUCCUAUCGCGGCUUCCACUCCUCUCAAACGAAAGGCCAAAACGAGAUCAACCAUAACACAAACAAUAGAGACACCACGUGUUGAAGUUGUUCAUGUUGUUCAAUCUCCACGAGUAGGAUUAAUUGGCCGAGUUUACAAGACGAUCUCUUCGUCAUGGCUAUUAAAAAGUCUUUUUGCUCUCUCCUUAGCCACAGCUCUCGCUGCUUUAUUCUGGUCAACUUUCUUAGGACGAACAUUCGGUCCCCAUCUAUCUUAUAUAAAUGGUCCUCCACCGAUGUAA